AAAGAAAAAACUAAAAUAUUUUACACUUAACUUAAAAAAAAAAACAAAAAACCAAAAACAUAGUCCUUAAGCAAACACACACAAAAAAGCAGUUCGUGCUGGGAUCCCAAUUUUAUUCCACAAAAGAAAAGAAAGGAAAGCAAAGAAACGAUACCACUGCUUCUAGCCCCACCCACGGAACGAACAUAAGGGUAUCCCCUAAUGUAUGCCACCCAAAGAGACGACAUGAAGAUCUUUGUCGCCGCAGAAGUAGCCGCCGCCGACGCUGCCACGAGCACCGCUGCCACCGCUGGGUGCAGCGCACUGCCCGUGCAGCAGCAGCGAGAAUUCCGUCCUGGCUCCAAUCUAAAGUACAACGGAAAAUACAACAACAAGACAUCGAAUCUGCUGAGGCAGGUGACGAGCUACCACAACAGCAUCACUAGCAUAAAUGGCCUCAACGAGGCCGCCAGCAACACUAAAAAUCAACAGCAUCAGCAGCAGCAGCAACCACAGAUGCUCUAUACGAAUCACAGUCACUCGUUGGCCAGAAAGAAAUAUUUUGGUAGUAACAGCAAUUUACAGCAGCAGCAGCAGCAAUCAUCCUACUACCAACAGCAGCAGCAACAGCAGCAAAAUCUUAACAACAAUAAUUUGUUAAUGAAAAAUCAAAACAUAAUACAGCAACAAAUGUCCGACUGCAAGCUGAGUGAUGGCAAUAAUAACAAUAAUAGCCAGAAAACAUCAAGCAAAUGGCUGAACAACAACAACAACAAGAAACGCAGCUCUCCCUCCACAUCCAUAGAGUCGACAUCGUCGUAUUAUCGCAGCAGUCCCGAUUCCUCAACGGAGGCCUCCUCAACCACAACCACAGCGGCCACAAGUCUCUGCAGCAAUAGCUCUAGCUCUACCAGUCCCAACGAGGAUGCAGAGACUGGAGAAACGGAGGCAGGGAAGCAGCUAGCAGGAGCAGGAGCAGGAGCUGGAGAGAGCCUGAAGGCAGCGAGACCACCUCGGCAGCAGCCAUUGAGCUUCUGGAAGACCAACUAUCCACAGCAGCCCACCAAUCAAAUGAAGAAUCAGCAAGUGGGAAUGACUGUGGCCAGCCAGAAGGAGGCACUGGCUGUGGAACAGCAACAACAGCAGCAACAGCAACAGCAGGGACUGUCCUACGACCAGAGACGCAACUCUGGGGGUGGAUAUCAGCAACAUCAGCAAAACUAUUAUCAAUAUUAUUAUCCACAGCCCAAGCAGCUGACAAUAGCCUCGUUUUUGCAAAAGGAACUCCUGCCGGAAGCCAACAGCAGCAGCAACAGCAACACCAACAGCACCGACAAAAACAGCGGCAGCAACAACAGCUUUGGCAGGCAUCCAGCAACAGGGGGAGGAGGAGCAGGAGCAGGGAGCGGUGGCUACCAACAGCAUCGCUAUAGGAAUGCACAAUACCUCUAUCAGCAUUACCAGCAGCAGGCGCAGGCGCAGCAGCAUCAGCAGCAUGCCCAACAGCAGCAGCAGCAGCAGCAGCAUGGGACUAGCACCCAUUUUCGGCGUAAGCACAGCGACAAUCAUGGGAACAACAACAAGAAAAUGCACUACAGUUCCGAAAGCAUCGUUGGCCCACAAAAGUCCAUUGAGAUAUUGCCCAGUAGCAAUUUCAAUGCAAUGCACCGACGCAUUCAGGGCGGGAAUGGCGGGAAGAAUGGAUACUACCAGCAUCACUACCAUGCGGUGAUCGGUGAGAGUGGGGGGGCGGCAACCACGCCGACCAGCUACGAGCAUCAGAAUCUGUACAAUCUCACCUACGUAAAUGUGGAUAAGGAUGCCUGCAGCGAAGGAGCAGCAGCCAAAACAGGAGGAGGAAAAGCCGCAGCAGCAGCAGCUACCACAGCUCCUGGCGGGGCCCCGACAACUGUUCUCUCACCGGCCGCUGGGAAACUGUCGCUGCUGUCGAAGCCAAGCAUCACCCUAACAACGGCCACGUCACCGUCUGUACUGGGCACCACCGCACCAGUGGCCAUUCCUGUGGCCAGGAAUAUGUUUGUGCCCCCGCCGCCACUGCCGUUGACCCUGCUCUCGCCGAUGGAUAGCAGUGGCCACAGCCAUUCGCCGGGCACAACGCCCACCAAUAUGAUAAGCUGCGCCCAGCUGGACGAGGCCAUCACAGCGGCGGCUGCCAGCGGAACGGCCACGGGUGACCAGCAGGCGGCGGCUAGCCACAGUCCCAACUUUUCUUCAGGUGUGCCAUUCCUCAUCCAGCAGCAGCCACCACCGCCACACAGCCUCAAGGGACAGCCGCCUCAGCAGCUGUUUUUUCACUUUGGCGAGGCGUAUGCCAAUCCGGCACCUCCGCCGCCACCGCCUGCUGGAGUGUGGCCGCAUCCAAGCUCCCCCUGCUACCCACCCACUGUGUCGCCCCACAGCGUGCCUGGACACCGCUCCGUUUCGCCUACCCUGUCCUCCAACUCCUCCUCCCUUGGGAGUGAGUCCCAUUGGAGUGGCAACAGCAGCCGAUUGUUAGGUCCGUUGCUAUCCCCGUCGCAGCGCGCUGCUGCCGGAACAGCCGUACACCACCGGGCACAUAUGCAUGGCCACAAUAUGAACGUCGCUGGCGCCGCUUUUAACCCAUCGCUGUCGCAUCAUGUACCGACAUCGCCAAGUAACCUUCCCUGGUACGAGGUCAUCUUGCCGCCAGAUCGCUUCCUGGCACAAGCGCGCAACAUGGAGCUGACCGUGCAGCCAGAGGACCUGCUUUCCAACUCCAAAUUCGACAAGCUGUCGAUGCAGAUAUGGGAGCGCUUCCGUCGAGCCCAGCAGACCACAAGAAAAUUCAAGAUUAAGAUGCGUCUGUGGCGCUUUCUAUUGCUAUGGAUGGCCCCCAUGUUUGCCAAGUAUCGCAUUUGGCUGGUGGGCUCGACCAUCACUGGCUUUGGCACGGAUACAUCCGACAUUGAUAUGUGCCUGCUGGGCGGGCCACCGCAUUUGCAUUCGCAUCAUCGGCAGCACCAUUAUCAGCAGCACCAGCACCAGCACCAGCAUCAAGGGCAGAAUGCCCAUCCACAUGCACAUCACUAUCAAAACGAUAUGCAGAAUGAGAAGCGUGCGGAGGCAUUGAUAAUUCUGAAUCUGUUCCAAUCUGUGCUCAAGAAGACAGUUGUCUUUCGUGAUUUCAAUUUGAUUGAGGCGCGUGUUCCAAUAUUGCGCUUCAAGGAUAUACUCAAUGCGAUUGAAGUUGAUUUGAAUUUUAAUAAUUGCGUGGGAAUCAUGAACACCUAUCUGUUACAACUGUAUGCACAGCUUGAUUGGCGCACACGUCCUUUGGUUGUUGUGGUGAAGCUAUGGGCCCAAUAUCAUGACAUAAACGAUGCCAAACGCAUGACCAUUUCCAGCUAUUCGCUGGUAUUGAUGGUCCUACACUAUCUACAGAAUGGCUGCACCCCCCACGUGCUGCCCUGUUUGCAGACACUCUAUCCGGAAAAGUUUCAGCUCGGGCAGCAGGAUUGCUUCGAUUUGAACCUGAUCGAAACCAUCGAUCCGUAUCCAACACAAAACCGUCAGACGCUCGGAGAGCUAUUUCUAGGAUUCUUCAAGUACUACAGCUCCUUUGACUUUCGCAACCAUGCCAUUUCGGUGCGCACCGGCGGCGUUCUGCCAGUGUCUGCCUGUCGCCAGGCCAAGAGCUUUAAGAAUGAUCCCUACCAGUGGAAGGAGCUGAAUAUUGAGGAGCCAUUCGAUCUAUCGAACACGGCACGUUCUGUCUACGAUUUUGCCACAUUUGAGCGUGUCAAGGCCACCUUCGUGGCCUCAGCCCGUGCCCUGGAGCAGACGCUGGAUAUUAACUCAGUGUUUAGUCCCCUUUUCUUGGGAAAUCAAUUUGCAAAUCAGCCACAAUAUAGCCAUGGCCAUGCCCAGGGCCAGUCACGCGGUGCUGGAGGAGGAGGAGGAGGAGGAGGAGCUGGAGCUGGGGCUGGAGGAUCCACCUCUGCUGCUACUGCAGCUGGCAGAAACAACCACAUCAACACCAACAUGUCGCCGACCUCUGGGUGGGUAUAUAAUCGUAAUGGGAUGGCUAUCCAUGGCCGGCCUCACGGCGGAGGAGGAUCUGCAGGUGGAGCUCGCAACAGAAACAGGAACAAACAAAACAAAAAUAUCUCGCCGAUAACUGUGGGGGAACGUAACCGUAAUGUGACACGUCCCGUUAAUGUUGUCAAUAUUAUGGUGAAUGGUGUACCUACGCGUUAUAUUUUCAAUUAAUUUAUUUAAAUGUGACGCAAGAACAAUAUUCCUUAUAAGAUCCUUGUAAAACCAAAGCCAUACAAUAGUCAAUUAUAGGAUGGGGGGAUGCCAUUUGUAGGGUAGUAGAUAUGACACUUGUAUUUAUGCUGAAGAGUAGCUGCUAUAAUAACAAUUUAAGGAAACCACACAAUACUCCACACUGUUUGUAUGUCAAUCUGUAUGGUAUUAGACGGAACCGCAGCUUAUUUUCUAACUAAAGAUACAAAAUAUGUGAUAUUGCAAUCGAUGGCAGGGUUAAAAAGACUAUAUUUUUAUGUUUGAUGUUUGAUGUUGUCUCGUCUUGUAAUUAGAUACCAAAGCACUCGUCCAUCAGCGAACAAACACAAAAUUUUUUUAACACACAUAAAUCUCAUCUUUUUGCAGAUAAAAACACUUAAAAACUCUCCAUAAUUGGAAAAACAACACCAACAAACAAACAAAAUUCAUGUAUUUCAAAAAAUUUUGUAAAUUAUUAUUCAAAGAUUUUCGGGACUCCUCAAGCAACGCAAAGCGAUCUGAAAGAAUUAUUGCCUCUGUGUUUCCCGCAUAUCCUUUGAAUUUUAAUCGCUCAUAUUUCGUUAAAUGUUAUUCUCACCACCCCUUUCACUAUUUAUACUGUUAUACACAAAAAUGUUAAUGCAAAUAAUUCCAAUUCCAAUUAUUGUAAACACACCACCACGCGGAGCCAUAGCCCACCUCCGAUGGCAUGUCUUACUCUUUUUUUUUUUUUAAAUGUCAUCCGAAACUGUUCCAAUCCAAUUAAAUACAAAAACACCGAACGAA